AAACAGUCUUCGUCUCUAGAAGAGGGAGAGGGAAGGCCUUUCCUACCCCACGUAUUACUCUUACGGAGGGUGAACCAACGCACGGGUGAAGAUGAUUACCGGAUUUGGGACUUGAUAGACCUUGAAGAUCGUUCUUGCGGUACCGCGGCUGAAGAUGAAUCGGGAAAAUGAGGAGCAACGACCCGUGUCACAAACUCUGUGCGGUGCUCUGCAGAAAGAGGCGAAUUGCAAGUGCUUGGUCCUGUCCGUUCUGAUUUACGGCUGCCUCGCCGCAGUCACGUGGUGCAGGUGCGCCAACGUCACCAAAAUCGUAAUCAAUUUCUCAAAGUACCCGAUCAAGAGCACGAAGCACGUCUCGCCAUGCGACGAUGGUUACAUUUACAUUCCC